AUGGGAAAUGCAUGUUAAGCGACAUAAGUUAAUUUAACUACAGAAAUUAGUGAUGAAUCUACAAGGCCUCAAAUAAUAAUGCAAACAAGUGAUAGAGUUAUAUUUAAAGAGAUUUAUAAGAAGGAGAAAGCUGAGGUUCAUGAUAAAUCAUAUUCAUCACCACAACUAACUCAUCUUCCUCUCCUUAAUUUGGAUAUAAUUGAACCAGAUUAAUUCUUCCCUUAAAUUAAAUCAAGUAAAAGAACUUUGAGUUUUGUUAAUGAAAAAACUUAAAGGUAGAUAGUAAAGAGUCGAACACCUUCUCACAAACCUGAUCCAGACACUAUAUCAAUUACAAAAUAACCAAUUAAAUCUUCUCUCAAAUCUAUCAAUUCUAAGAUAGGCAGCUCUAAUAAAAGUCAAAAAUCAGUUAGAUGGGGUAGUGAUUUAAGUGUUUUCCUUAAUUUAACUCACUAUUAAAAUUUAUAGAUAUGA